AUGGCAGACGAUGUGCCCUGCUGUGAGCCUAUGUUCUGGGGAUACCUUGUUGCCUGUGUGGUUCUGGUUGCCUUUGCAGGUCUAAUGUCUGGCCUCACCUUAGGCCUGAUGUCCCUCAGCUUGGUUGAUCUUGAAGUCCUCAUUAAGGCUGGACAGCCCGAUGACCGGAGAAAUGCAGCAAAGAUACUGCCAAUCGUGAAGAGACAGCAUUUACUGCUGUGCACCCUACUCAUAGGAAAUGCAAUGGCAAUGGAGGCACUGCCCAUCUUCCUUGAUUCCAUCCUUCCUCCUUGGGCAGCUGUUCUCAUAUCAGUCACUCUCAUUCUUGCAUUUGGUGAGAUUAUACCGCAAGCAAUUUGUUCCAGGUAUGGCCUACGUGUUGGUGCCAAGCUGUCUCCUAUAGUAAAAGUGAUAGUCAUCAUCCUCUUCCCAGUUGCAUAUCCCAUCAGUAAGCUACUUGAUUGGGUUCUGGGGAAAAAGCAUUCUGCACUCCUGAGACGAGCAGAGCUGAAGACAUUAGUGGACUUACUUGGGAACAAGGCCGGUAAAGGUGGAGAGCUGACACAUGAUGAGACCACUAUUAUAACCGGAGCUUUGGAUAUGACCCUGAAAAAAGCUAAAGAUGCUAUGACUCCCAUCUCUAAGAUAUUCUCACUAGAUAUCAAUUCUAAGCUUGAUGAGAAAACAAUGGAAGUGAUCAUUGGCCAAGGACAUAGCCGUGUACCCAUCUACAUGUGCAACUUGGAGAACAUUGUUGGCCUGAUUUUGGUGAAGAAUUUGAUCAAGUGCAACCCUGAAGACGGAACACCUAUAAGGGACCUCACGAUCAGAAAAAUCCCUAGGGUAAAUGAUCAACUUCCAUUAUAUGACAUACUGAACCUAUUCCAGAAGGGUCAUAGCCACAUGGCUGUAGUUGUCAAGAACAAGGAUGAUACUAAUAGGACUAAUGCAGAAAACACAAGAACAGAACGUGAGGUUGUAGAGAUCAACAUCGAUCCAAAUUCGGAACGAAUAGAAGCAGAGAGGAAGGGUACUGGAAUUCAUCCUCAACUCAGCUGGACUGAGCGAAUGUUGAUGAGCGCACCAUCAUAUUCCAGUGAGAAGGAAUUCCUGGAAUUCCAAGAAAGAACCCUUUCUAGUGAGGAACUGGAAACCAUUUCAUUCCCUUCUGAAGAAGAGGUCAUCGGCAUAAUAACGCUGGAGGACGUCAUCGAGGAAUUGCUCCAGGAGGAGAUUCUGGACGAGACAGACGGCUAUAUGGAAGUUCACAACAGGAUAAAGAUAAACAUGCUCCCGUCUCAAAGAUCGCCGAUGAGAUCGCCUGGUACGCCCUCAGCAUCUCAGUUCCAACGGCGAUACUCUCCGUCGCCGCUUUCCCCGUAUCACCGGAGCCCGCUGUCGAUGCAUAGCGUCCUGCGUUCGCCAAUUCCGCCCUACGUUCGCUCUCCGGUGAUGAAACCUUCUAUUUCCAAUUCUCCCGGGAAGUCCAUUCCAACUUCUCCGGCUGCCGUGACUGGUUCUCCUGAUCGCCGUUCGCCUUCAUCGCACCGGGUUUCGAGGAAGCCGUACGAGAAGCUGAGGAAACCUGACGACGUCUGUGACUCGCUUUAGAAGACAAUUAAAGUGCUAAACAAGGCAGGCUGUUCAUUGUAAGGAGGCCCAAUGAGAAGCCCAUUUCGUAAUUGGAUCAACGCCUUUGCAUGUGAAUAUGGGCUUAGAAAGUAAUACCCGGGAUGGUAGUCCAAAAUGUUAGAUUCAUCAACAUCUAUGUUUGAUCUCUGUUUUGUCUGUUGUGCUUAAUAAUAGGGUGUCUCGUAUGGUAGUCUAUAAAGUUUUGUUUUUGUUGCCUUAGAGCUUUGGGAUGUUCGGCUUCGUUUCUUAGUUAUUUUCGCAAAUAAAAGAUAUAUUAUGGUC